AUGGGACCUGGUCGAAGAUCGCCCGAUCGCCCAGAAAGAGCUCGUGGUGUUAUCGUUUGGGCUCGAGCUCGGACCCCCCGUGCUCGAGCCGAUGAUCGACUCCUGGUCCAAACAGAUCGAAUUUCAGCGAUCUCAGUGGGGAAAGUCCCCCUGCCUGGCCCAAUCAGCUCCAAAAAGUCGGUGUGCUGCACUGGUCCUUCUGGCAGCAUGCACAUCAGGAAGAGGCUGCCAGAGGAAGAAGCAGCUGGAGCUGAAGCUGCAGAGCCUUCACGAGGCGGGAAACCUGCCAGAGAUGAGUCGAGUUUUAGAGCGGCACGCAGCAAAAUGAGGAAUGGUGGAGAAAUGCCUCAAAUGGUCUAUGCCAAGAAGGUGGCGGAAACGGAGUUACAGUACGACAAGAAGCUCGAGGAAGCGGAGGCUGAAGCUCAACGAUGGUUCAAGGAGAAGAAGGCAGCGGAGAUCACGACACUCAAGGCAGGGGUGACCAUCAUGCAGGCCUUCUUCGAGCAUCGGAAGCGGAAAUUCCUGCAGCAACUCGCAGAGGAUCGUGCCACCUGGCCCUCGUGCGAGAGCGACAACGCCAAGCAUGCUGAGAAUGAACGCCUGCGAGUGGAAAUGGCUGAGAGAGGAAUUGCAGCGGCAGAGGCUCAGAUGGUUGAGACCACAGAGGUUAGCACGAAGAAGGGAUUGCUCGGGAUUGCUUGCCAUGCUGUUUCAGUCCAAGUCUUCAACAUGUUCUUUUUCAACGUGCUUCAGCGAGUCGCUGAGCUUGAGGCCGCCCAGGCGAAAGAGCUCAAGGACUUGGAUGCGCUCCAGAGAGAAACCGAAGAACGGGCCUUUCGCGCCGAACGGGCGGUCAAGCUGGGCGACGCGGAGAUCUCUCGGUUACAAGAUGUGGAGAAGAGCCUCCGCUUUGAGAUCGAAGACUUGCGGGUCAGGCUACAAGAGUCGGAGCGUGCAGAAGAGCUGCACCGCGCCAAGGAAAAGGCCGAGUUCUUAGAGGAGGAGUUGCGCAAGACUCGAGAGCGCAUGAGGACGCAGAGGCACUUGGAAGCGGAAGAACUGCGAAGGGAGCUCAUGGACUAUGUGAAGUUCAUUGUGAAGAUUUUGCCUGAAGAGUGGCAGGAACGGCUGGGGCCGGAGAUUUGGCGGCAGGUCUCGAAGACUGAGCUUCAGGUGCCCAUGAUGAUCCAAGCCGCUGAAGCCAUGGCCGAGCCGCCCGACACACCAGCCCCACCGCCUCCAGAACUGGAACCGGCCACGCCUGCGUCAGGUCAUGAAACGGAUGCCUCUGAGGGCUCUGGCGAAACAUGAGGACGCGGUGUCUUCACCAGUCUUGGUAGGCAAGAUUUGGCA